GUCCAUCUCAGCACAAUUUGACGUUUCACUGUCAGGCGGUCUUUGAACGGCUAUUUUAAACUUGAUGCGUGAAGCAUUUUCAGAAGUGAUUUCCUGUCUUUGUCAAGACAAUUUUCGCAGAUGUAUGCGAAAUAUUAAUUUUGCUGUUAAUACUUGUCAAGUUAUUGGUCUUGAUCUGUCCUAAAAUAUGAAGAGGAGACUACUUCUUGUGUCAAACUCCACCCUACAUGGUGCCGGAGGAUAUCUGGGACACUGUCAACAACAGAUACAAGAAUUUUUCGGAGAGCAGGUGAAAAGGAUACUGUUCGUUCCUUACGCAUUGCACGACAGAGAUUCCUACGCGAAGACCGCCCGUGAGAAGCUGCAGAGUUUGGGUUAUGAGGUGGAUAGUAUUCACGAAGCUGUUGACCCAGUGGAAGCUGUGAGGAAGGCGCAGGGGAUCUUUAUCGGCGGCGGAAACACCUUCCGUCUGCUGAAAACGCUGUAUGACCACAAACUCGUGUCUGAGAUUCAGAAGCGAGUCCUGCAGGAUGGGAUACCUUACAUGGGGUCGAGCGCAGGCACCAACGUUGCAACCGUCAGCAUCAACACCACCAACGACAUGCCCAUCGUCUACCCUCCCACCCUCACCGCCAUGGGGCUGGUGCCCUUCAACAUCAACCCCCACUACCUGGACACCAACCCCGACAGCAAGCACAUGGGGGAGACGCGAGAGCAGCGAAUCCGGCAGUACCACGAGGAGCCGGACGCGCCCAGUGUGCUGGGACUGAGAGAGGGGUCGAUGCUGCUGGUGGAAGGGAACAGAGCGACCCUCCUGGGCAGCACCAAGGCCAGGCUCUUCAGCAGGGGGAAGCCAGCCACCGAGCACGAACCCGGGAGCGACCUGAGCUUCCUGCUCACAGACGGAGUAUGACCUGGAGUGCGCUCACAGGGACAAAGGGCACAGUUAAUGCAAGCUUGGGACAAUCCACCAAUCCCAAACACCUGCAGUGCAAGUAAAAUUGACAUGGAUUUUUUUUUCUGGUUAAACUGAAAUAAAUCUAUCUGUGAAAAAAAAUGU